CUGAAAAAGCCCAAGGUGCUGCCGUUGCUAGUACAAGUCGGACCUGCUGUCGCCGGAGCCGCGUCUGCACACGUCUCGGACCCAGCGCAGCCCGCCGCCGCGGUCCCGGAGCCCACCCCGUCCUCGCCCGUCCCCGACCCGCGGUGAUGGAGCCGGCCACCGCGCUGCCCCCGGGCCCGCGCCCGGCGCUGCCCCUCGGGGGCCCGGGCCCCCUGGGCGAGUUCCUGCCUCCCCCCGAGUGCCCGGUCUUUGAGCCCAGCUGGGAAGAGUUCGCGGACCCCUUCGCUUUCAUCCACAAGAUCCGGCCCAUAGCCGAGCAGACUGGGAUCUGUAAGGUGCGGCCGCCGCCGGAUUGGCAGCCACCAUUUGCAUGUGAUGUUGACAAACUUCAUUUUACCCCACGUAUCCAGAGGCUGAAUGAAUUGGAGGCUCAAACUCGAGUAAAACUGAAUUUCUUGGACCAGAUUGCAAAGUACUGGGAGUUACAGGGAAGUACUCUGAAAAUUCCACAUGUGGAGAGGAAGAUCUUGGAUUUGUUUCAGCUCAAUAAGUUAGUUGCAGAAGAAGGUGGAUUUGCAGUUGUUUGCAAGGAUAGGAAAUGGACCAAAAUUGCCACCAAGAUGGGAUUUGCUCCUGGCAAAGCUGUGGGCUCGCAUAUCAGAGGGCAUUAUGAACGAAUCCUCAAUCCCUACAACUUGUUCCUGUCAGGAGACAGUUUGAGGUGUUUGCAGAAGCCAAACCUGAGCACAGACACGAAGGACAAGGAGUACAAACCUCACGAUAUUCCGCAGAGGCAGUCUGUGCAGCCCUCAGAAACCUGCCCCCCAGCCCGACGAGCAAAACGCAUGAGAGCAGAGGCCAUGAAUAUUAAAAUAGAACCAGAAGAGACAGCAGAAGCCAGAACUCAUAACCUGAGGCGACGGAUGGGCUGUCCAACUCCAAAAUGUGAAAAUGAGAAAGAAAUGAAAGGCAUCGUCAAGCAAGAACCCAUUGAGAAGAAAGAGUACAUUGUAGAAAGCGAGAAGGAAAAGCCCAAGAGCCGAUCUAAAAAAACCACCAGUGCUGUGGAUCUGUAUGUCUGCCUCUUAUGUGGCAGUGGGAAUGAUGAAGACCGGCUUCUCCUGUGUGAUGGCUGUGAUGACAGUUACCACACCUUUUGCCUUAUUCCCCCUCUCCAUGAUGUUCCCAAGGGAGACUGGAGGUGUCCUAAGUGUUUGGCUCAGGAGUGUAGUAAGCCACAAGAAGCAUUUGGCUUUGAACAAGCAGCCAGGGACUAUACCCUCCGUACUUUUGGGGAAAUGGCAGAUGCGUUCAAAUCUGAUUAUUUCAACAUGCCCGUCCACAUGGUUCCCACAGAACUAGUUGAGAAAGAAUUUUGGCGGCUGGUAAGCACUAUUGAAGAGGAUGUCACAGUAGAAUAUGGAGCCGAUAUUGCCUCAAAAGAAUUUGGCAGUGGCUUCCCUGUCCGAGAUGGGAAAAUCAAACUUUCACCUGAGGAGGAGGAGUAUCUUGAUAGUGGCUGGAAUUUGAACAAUAUGCCAGUGAUGGAGCAGUCUGUCCUUGCUCACAUUACUGCUGAUAUAUGUGGCAUGAAACUUCCUUGGUUGUAUGUGGGAAUGUGCUUUUCUUCAUUCUGUUGGCAUAUUGAAGACCACUGGAGCUAUUCAAUUAACUACCUGCACUGGGGUGAGCCAAAAACCUGGUAUGGAGUCCCAGGGUAUGCUGCCGAGCAGCUAGAAAAUGUAAUGAAGAAACUAGCUCCAGAGCUCUUUGUGUCCCAACCAGAUCUUCUCCAUCAGCUUGUGACCAUCAUGAACCCCAAUACCCUGAUGACUCAUGAAGUGCCUGUUUACCGAACUAAUCAGUGUGCUGGGGAGUUUGUGAUUACAUUUCCAAGAGCCUACCACAGUGGUUUUAAUCAAGGUUUUAAUUUUGCUGAGGCUGUUAACUUCUGCACUGUUGAUUGGCUGCCACUGGGCCGACAGUGUGUGGAGCAUUACCGCUUGCUUCACCGCUAUUGCGUAUUUUCCCAUGACGAGAUGAUUUGCAAGAUGGCCUCCAAGGCGGACGUACUAGAUGUCGUAGUGGCCUCAACUGUUCAGAAGGACAUGGCCGUUAUGACUGAGGAUGAGAAGGCUCUAAGAGAAGCCGUCCGCAGACUGGGAGUAAUUGAUUCGGAAAGAAUGGAUUUUGAGCUGUUGCCAGAUGAUGAGCGUCAGUGUAUAAAAUGUAAAACCACAUGCUUCAUGUCUGCCAUCUCCUGUUCUUGUAAACCUGGCCUGCUUGUUUGCCUCCAUCAUGUAAAAGAAUUGUGUUCCUGUCCUCCUUAUAAAUAUAAACUGAGGUAUAGAUACACUCUGGAUGAUCUCUACCCCAUGAUGAAUGCACUGAAGCUUCGAGCAGAAUCUUACAAUGAAUGGGCCCUGAAUGUGAAUGAAGCUUUGGAGGCAAAGAUUAACAAAAAGAAAAGCCUUGUCAGCUUUAAGGCUUUAAUUGAAGAAUCUGAAAUGAAGAAAUUCCCAGACAAUGAUCUUUUGCGUCACCUUCGCUUAGUCACACAGGAUGCAGAGAAGUGUGCUUCUGUUGCUCAGCAGCUGCUUAAUGGCAAAAGGCAAACUAGAUACCGAUCUGGUGGAGGAAAAUCCCAAAAUCAAUUGACAGUGAAUGAGCUCCGACAGUUUGUGACACAGCUGUAUGCGCUUCCAUGUGUCCUUAGUCAAACACCUUUGCUAAAGGAUCUCCUGAAUCGUGUAGAAGAUUUCCAACAGCAUAGCCAGAAAUUGCUCUCUGAGGAAAUGCCCAGUGCUGCAGAGCUGCAAGACUUGCUAGAUGUCAGCUUUGAAUUUGAUGUUGAACUUCCACAGCUUGCUGAGAUGCGUAUUCGUCUGGAGCAGGCCCGUUGGCUAGAAGAGGUGCAGCAAGCUUGCCUAGACCCCAGCUCCCUUACAUUAGAUGAUAUGAGACGUCUCAUAGACCUAGGGGUGGGUCUGGCCCCAUAUUCAGCAGUGGAGAAAGCAAUGGCCCGGCUUCAGGAACUGCUUACAGUGUCAGAGCACUGGGAUGACAAAGCCAAGAGUCUUCUCAAGGCCAGACCUCGGCAUUCAUUGAACAGCCUUGCUACAGCAGUUAAGGAAAUUGAGGAGAUCCCCGCAUAUCUGCCAAAUGGUGCAGCUCUGAAAGACUCAGUGCAGAGAGCCAGGGACUGGCUUCAGGAUGUGGAGGCCCUGCAGGUUGGAGGACGCGUGCCAGUGUUAGACACGCUCAUAGAACUUGUUACCCGAGGCCGAUCUAUCCCAGUACAUCUAAAUUCUUUACCAAGACUGGAAUUACUAGUAGCUGAGGUCCAGGCUUGGAAGGAAUGUGCUGCUAAUACAUUCUUGACUGAGAAUUCUCCAUAUUCUCUCUUAGAGGUGCUGUGUCCUCGAUGUGACAUUGGCCUUUGGGGAUUGAAGAGGAAGCAGAGAAAGUUCAAGGAGCCCUUGCCAAGUGGAAAGAAGAAAAGCACCAAACUAGAGAGUCUGAGUGACCUGGAGAGAGCUUUAAGUGAAAGCAAGGAGACUGCUUCAGCUAUGGCAACACUUGGGGAAGCUCGGCUAAGGGAAAUGGAAGCCUUGCAGUCUCUCAGACUAGCCAAUGAAGGGAAGUUGCUGUCACCUGUCCAAGAUGUGGAGCUGAAAGUCUGCCUAUGUCAGAAGGCCCCAGCUGCCCCCAUGAUCCAGUGUGAACUCUGCAGAGAUGCUUUCCACAGUAGCUGUGUGGCGGUACCCAGUAUUUCACAAGGCCCCCGCAUCUGGCUUUGUCCCCAUUGUCGGAGGUCAGAGAAACCUCCAUUAGAGAAAAUUCUGCCCCUGCUGGCUUCCCUGCAGCGUAUCCGAGUUCGCCUUCCUGAGGGAGAUGCACUUCGAUAUAUGAUCGAAAGAACCGUGAACUGGCAACACAGAGCCCAGCAGCUGCUUUCAUCAGGGACUCUCAAAUCUGUGCAAGAUCGAGUGGGCUCAGGACUAUGGUAUAGCAGAUGGCAAGCUUCAGCAGGACAGGUGUCUGAGACAAACAAGGUGUCUCAGCCUACUGGCACAACAUCCUUUUCCUUGCCUGAUGACUGGGACAGCAGAGCCUCAUAUGUACACUCUCCCUUCUCCACUGGCCGAAGUUGUAUCCCCCUCCAUGGUAUUAGUCCAGAAGUGAAUGAACUGUUGAUGGAAGCCCAGUUGCUCCAGGUAUCCCUUCCUGAAAUUCAGGAACUUUACCAGACUUUACUUGCAAAGCCAACCCCUGCUCAGCAAACUGACCGAAUUUCACCAGCUAGACCCAGCAGUGAGAAGAAUGAGUGCUGCCGCGGGAAGCGAGAUGGAAUCAACAGUCUUGAGAGAAAACUGAAGAGACGCCUGGAAAGAGAAGGCCUCUCCAGUGAUCGGUGGGAUCGAGUUAAAAAAAUGCGGACCCCCAAAAAGAAGAAAAUCAAACUGAGCCACUCCAAGGACAUGAACAGUUUCAAGUUAGAGAGAGAGCGUAGCUAUGAAUUAGUCCGUUCUGCCGAAACUCAUUCCCUGCCCUCAGACACAUCCUAUUCCGAACAGGAGGACUCUGAGGAUGAAGAUGCCAUCUGCCCAGCUGUGAGCUGCCUGCAGCCAGAAGGAGAUGAGGUGGACUGGGUCCAGUGUGAUGGCAGCUGCAAUCAGUGGUUUCACCAGGUCUGUGUUGGUGUUUCUCCAGAGAUGGCCGAGAAGGAAGACUACAUCUGUGUGCGCUGUACUGUGAAGGACGCACCAAGCCGAAAAUAAAAAACACAAACACAAACAACCCCCCCCCCAACCACUUAAUGUAAUUCAGGACUCCAACCAAGAAGAUUUCUUCAAUUUCUCAGCAAAGCUGCAGGACUGGUACUCAAACCAGCCUGUAAACGGUGCUAUUUCUAUUCCUUAUGGGAUCAUUUUUCCAGAACUCUUUGAAAAAAAGAAAAAACAACUAAAAAAUUUUUUGACACUUUUUGUAUUUUUUUCCUUACGAGCUGUUUGUGGUUGUUGAGGUUUGAAAUGCUGACUGGUUUUUCCGCAGGGGUUUCCACCAGUUUGGAAGGCAUCGGAGCUUUUGCACCUUUCCAUGUACAGCAUUAAAAUCUUACCUCUGUCUGGGAUUUACCGGCUUACGAGUCCAACUCCGUUUCAGUGCCCAGAAGGGCACCAGAAAUUCCAGUAAAUCCUCAUUUGAGGAGUUUCUCUCUUGUUUACUCUGUUACCAUAUUGGGGACCUUAAGUUUUUCACUUUUGGGGUUUUUGUUUGUUUCUUUAUCCACUUUUCUUUUUCCUGGUAGACUAGGUUUAUUUAUCAAAGCAAUAACUUCUGUGUUGGUUUCAGUGGCUGGAAUUAAAACAAAACAAAACAAACUUCCAAACAGUGUGUUGGUGCUUUAGCAUUUGGUUGAUGUACAGAACACAAAUGUCUAGUUUCUAGUGUCACUGAUGAACUAGUGAUGUAGAAAAGAGACUGCUCUGUAAGUAAUUUGCCACGGCUGUAUUUUGGCUUUUCCCCUGCCCCUCCCUUCCUCUCCUACUAUUUUUUUGGUAGCUUGUAUCAAAUUGUUGCAGUUUAUAUUGUGGAAUAAAUCCUUGGUCCUAAUUUAACACUAAAUGCUGGUUAUUUAGAGCCAUUAGACUACAGCUUCUCAUGCCCCUCUACCUUGUGGGCUUGGAAGAGCGAGACGGGGGGUUGCUUGCUUUUGCCUCUGCCCAACUAGGCUACAGUAGCAGUGGAUUGUUCUUCUGUAUCCUGCUCUGUUUGGUGGGCCGUAUGCCUCCCAUCUCUACUAAUAACCCCACCCAGUCUUCACGGAAUAGAACUUAUCUUUAAAGCCAUGCUGUUUUUAAAUAAGCUUACCAGAAUGGUGGCAAAUCAUUCCAAUCCUCAAAUCAGUCCUCCUGUGUAAAUGGUGUCUCUAUUAUAUUGGAAUUGACAGGGAAACUUGGUUUAGGGUUAAGAUGUCAAAAGGAAAUUUAAGGAAGAUGGAUCUUUGCGGAUGGCUAGGAAAGUGUGGGUCGAGGGACAGCUUGUGAACAGGCAGGCUCUGCCUCCGUGACUUCUUCCUGUCGCUUUCUAACUUUAGCUGCUGUUACUGGUUGUCGAUAGUCCACAGCCUUUCCCCUCCUUUCUUUUAUUUUAAAGGGCUCUGUUCUGCAGUGGAGAAGACCUUCUGGGGAACAGAACAGACUCUUGCUUGGUUUUUCCUCUUCUGUUGGUAAUACUUAUUUUCCCCCCAUUCUGUAGCCAUAAACCUGGAGAUGGGUAGAACUAGUGGGUCUUUAAUAAAACAAAACAACAAAAACAGCAGUUUGUGAUGUAGCAGAGAUUUAAAUGUACUAUAUCCCCUUUGAUGCAAUUCAAAUGAUUAAAUCUCUUUAAGAAUGACUUGUAAUUGUCUGCAGCUUUCCCACAGUUGUUGUGAUGUCUCUCCUUGUCUGGUGGGGGCUCUGGGGCCAAAAGAGAAGAAGAGUCUCCAGAGUACAAUCUGGAAUAAUAGUGGUUUGGCCUUUUUUAAGCAUCCAAAUUCUUAGAACCCCCUGACUUUGGGAGAGGAUGCCAUCUGUCCCAGUUCCAUUGAGAAUAUAACUGAAAGGGGACACUGCAGCUGAAAUAAAGCCUUUGCCUUUAGAGAGCUUUUGCCCAUCUGGUAUGCACCUCCUGUGCUCCCUCCUCGUGUUCUUCCUCACGUAUGGGUUGUCCACAGUCCCUGAUGACAGCAUUCCCGGUGAGGUGGAUUCUCUGCCUCUCUGAGUUAGUGGGGGAAGGGCAAGAAGGAUAUGUUUUUACCACCCCGUCCCCCAUGAGAGGGCCACUGAUGUGUUUACAUAUGAUGAUAUUGAAGUUGGAGAGAGCGUCACCUGCCCAGUGAUACUGCUGGUGAAUGACAAAGCCUGGGUGGUGUCUUGCAGGUCUCUGGUUUUCCUCCUACCUUGUGCACUAACACAGCAAAUGAACAAAGGUACAUCUACCUUCUAAUUGAUCCCUUCUGUUAAGUACCCAGAUCGACUACCAAGUGAUGUUUAUCUAAAAACCUUGUUUACUGUGUGUUAGCUGUGAAGCUGGCCUGUGUCCCAGAGAAACUUCUGCACCUGGAGAAAGAAGAGAAAACACACAGAGAAACUGAUGCUUCAUCUCAGUAAUCCUGCAGCUGCAUGAGGUGUGAGAAGGAAGGACUGUUAGCUGGAGUCUGAGCCAGAAGGGUGAAGGAGCCUAGUGAAGUUGGCACUAGAGGGUGAUUGAGUGCCCCUGUCCCAUGCCAGUGGCUCUUGUGUUUCUGUUUUUCCUUCUUUCAGAUCAGACCCUAGAGGAUUUCUUAUGCAGAAUCAAGAAAGGGCUUGUUUCUUAUGUAGGCUCUAGGCUGGAGAAAGAUUGUGUAAUUUGAUCAGCUGUAAAGGAGAUGGACUUCUUUACAAUUUCAUUUCAGCAUCCUGGGAGGUGGAACUCCCUUUUCUAUCUGGUUAGCCUAAAGCCAGAGAUACCGUCCGUGGUGGUGGAGGUUGGUAAAAGCCUGAGAGUCCCUGCUUCAUUCUGCCAUACAGAGCUUUAAAAAAUGAUAUAUAAAGAUCUUCAGACUUUAGGUCUUUUGUUUUGGCAGAAGUAUCUGGGAUUCACUUAAUUUGCUAUUAAAAUUAACAUGACCUUUGGGUGUUUGUGUAAGAUAACCCUGAGAACAAAGUGGAUGCCUACCUGGAAGGGGGUAAAACUUGGUGUUGCCUUGUACCUUUUGUUGAACUCUGAAGGCCCUUUUGUAAUGGGUUUCUGCGUCUUCUGUUUUUUUCAUUUAUGAUCUUGCUGGGUAUUUGGCAGUCUCUUAAGACCUGCCUCUGGCUUGGAUCAGGCACUGAUUGAUAUUUAGUGCCCAUGGGUGUUCUGGGCUCAAUCCUGCCUAGAUCUCCUGCCACGCAACACAGACUGGAAUGGAUUAUAGAUGCUAUGUACCUGUAACAGGAGAUAAAAUUGAACAACAAAUAUUUCAAGAGUCAUUACCUAAUCAUCACCAUUCAGUACCUGACUGUGCUAGUCUAUGAUAGGCGUCAGCCUGUAUUAAAAGGUUUCUUUGCCAUAUUGAUACAGAAAACACAGUCCUCUUCUGAUGAAAGUUUGCCUGUUGGGAAGAAGAGCUGAGGAAAACAGUGAAGAUCCCAGUGCCUUGAUUUAGCUCCAUAUGAGAGUUGGAGUCCUUUCUCAGCUCCUAGUUGAGCACCAGAGUGAUGACCUCACACCUUUUGCCCCUGUCAUCAGUCCCUUGCAUGUGGCUCCUCAAGCCUUCCAACUUCCUGAGAGGUUCCAUGUGUAACUUGUAAUAGAAAUGUUAUUGAAAAGCUGCCUAAACAAAACAUUGUAUAAAGUAGGAACUUGUGUAAAGUAAUACUGUUGUAAAUCCAUUUUGAAAGUAUAAAGAAUCAAUUUGUAAAGUGUA